CCAUCCAGUGUAUGCAAUGCCGCUGCCAUCGCUCAGCAGCUUCUUCCUCGGGUUCGUCGCAGGAUGCCUCACCAUCCUCCUGCUCCUCGCCAUCGCCGCCGUGUCUCUCACCCGCUCCGGCGACAUCUACGGCCUCGGCCACUGGAAGCUCAACAUCAGGACACCCUUCCCUUCCAUGUGGAUGAACCUGGGCUAUUGGACCCGAGAUGACGGCACCGCAAUUCAGCACUUUGACGAGGCCGCGCGAAACAUGCUCCGGCAGCUCUUACAAGCGGCUGGCAUCCUCUCCGAUUCAUCAUCAGCAUCAUCAUCCCCAUCCGUCGCUGUUCUAGACGUUGGCUUUGGGUGCGGCGACCAGACCGUUGCCCUGGCCGAAAUCAUCAAUGCUUCAAGACGACCUCAAUUCCGCUACGUAGGACUAACUCUCAACGCAACGCAGCUCCAAGAAGCACAACAAAGGCUCGACGCCGCUCUAUCCCACUCAACUCAAGACCCCCCAUCAUCCUCAUCAUCAUCAUCAACAACCUCACUCAACCUCCCCAAAGCCUCCGCCUUCCAACUCUACCAAGCAGACGCCGCCCAACCCACGUCCUGGCCCCCGGCCGUCCUCUCCUCCGUCACCUCCCUCGCAGACGCAUCCUUUUCCGAGCGCUGGCUCAUGGGCCUCGACUGCCUCUACCACUUCUCCCCCUCCCGCAAGCCAAUCUUCACCCUCGCGGCGCGGACCCUGCACGCCAACGUCAUGGCGUUCGACCUCAUCCUCAGCGACUCUGCGUCAUUUUGGCAAACUCUGGCCGUCAGGAUCCUGGGCUUCGUCUUACUCUGUCCCUGGCGGACGUUUUUGACGGAACGCGAGUAUCGAGAACAGCUGGUUGAGUGUGGCUACGAUAGAGAGCAGGUUGAGAUUCGGGACGUCUCCGACCAUGUGUUUGGCGGGCUGGCAAGCCACUUGCGGAAGCAAGAUGCCGUGCUGAGACCGUAUGGCAUCUCGUUGACGGCGUAUGCCUUGGUGGGGAGGGUGUACGAGUGGUUUGAUCGCACGAGGGUGCUCAAGGGUGUGGUUGUUGUUGGGAGGGUAUCACAUUGUGGCUUAUCGUAGAAUAGACUUUUUCUGCGAGAGCGGCCCCAUCGCGAGCCGCAUUCCUCAGACAUCGCCAGCUUCAAACCACAAUAAGCUUAUAUCAACACAAAAUCCGCC